UGUGACAUGAAGCACAAUGGCGGUUAAACAACAGAACAUUGACGGUCUUUCACUAAAAUGUUUAUUCUUAUCACUUCUACUCCAAACUUGUCGAACCUUUGCCGAAGAGCUGCAGUGGGAUGCGAAUGGCUACGUUUUGUACUGCCCGUGCAUGGGUCGCUUUGGAAACCAGGCUGACCACUUCCUAGGAUCUCUGGCCUUUGCAAAGAUGUUGAACCGAACCCUGGCAGUCCCUCCCUGGAUAGUGUACCGCCAUCACACACACCCCUACACCAAUGUAAGUCCAGGCAGCAAGGUCCAUGUUCCCUACAGCGAGUUCUUCGUGCUGGAGGCUUUGUCUGCCUACCACCGUGUGAUCAGCUUGGAGGACUUCAUGGAGAAGCUAGCCCCCAAAUACUGGCCUUCAGGACAGAGGAAUGCCUACUGCUUUGAGACGGCGGCCCAUCGGAGUAAGGACAAGAAGUCCUGCCCAAUGAAGGAUGGGAACCCAUUUGGGCCAUUCUGGGACUAUGCUGGUGUGGACUUUGACAAGUCUGUCUUAUUUGGUGGGAUUUCCUUCAGUGCCUAUCACCAACCUCAGUGGAUGAAGAAGUUUCCUCCCUUUGAGCACCCUGUCCUGGCCAUGCCUGGGGCUCCAGCUCAGUUUCCAGUGAUAGAAGAGCAUGUGGGCCUGCAGCGCUAUAUAGUUUGGUCAGACAAGAUGGUGAAGGAGGGAGAAGAGCACAUUGCCACCUUGCUGACCAGGCCAUAUGUUGGCAUCCAUCUGAGGAUUGGCAUAGACUGGCAAAAUGCCUGCAAACUGCUGAAGAAUGGCGAUGCAGGACCUCAUUUCAUGGCCUCCCCUCAGUGCGUCGGGUAUAACCGUCAAAAAGCCCUGCCCCUCACUAUGGCCAUGUGUCUCCCUGACCUAACUGAGAUUCGUGGGGCUGUCAAGCUGUGGGUAAAGAAGACCAACGCCCGUUCUGUCUACAUCGCCACAGACUCUGAAUCGCACAGUCAGGACAUUGAAAAGCUCUUCAAAGGCAAGGUGAAAGUGGUGAGUCUUCAGCCAGACUUUGCCCAGAUGGACUUGUACAUCUUAGGCCAGUCUGACCACUUCAUUGGCAACUGCGUUUCCUCCUUCUCUGCCUUUGUGAAGAGAGAGCGGGACGUCCGCAGCCUUCCCUCCUCCUUCUUCGGUAUGGACAAGCCGGGGAAAUCAAAUGCCAAAGAAGAGCUCUGAUUGUCAGGCGUUCGUCCUCUGAACACUGAUUCUAAUUACAUGUCAUGAGGAGGCGAGAGAGUGUUCAAAUGUCACACAAUGGUUCACAAUGUGUCCAGUAAGAUUAUAAAUUAAGGCUACACGCAUGUCUACUUUCAGAAUGGGUUAUGUGUGUUAAAACAUGGAGAGUGCUGCUAUCAGGAAACACUAUUUAAAUAAACGCUAUUAUAAUGCAAAUACAGUUUUUUAGGGAGUAAAAAACUGUUAAAUAAGCAGAUGUUUUAACAGUGUUCAUCAGUCAGCCACACAUUCACUCUGAGCUGUUUGUGGUACACAAGUGGAACCUAUACUGCAAUGAGGAGGCAUAAAUGUAUACUGUAAGGACUGUCUGAAAUACCAGUUUUUAGGCUCUGCAUCUAUGGGAUAAUCAACAGAAUGUUCAGGGUUUCAACCAACAGGGGUUGGCAGCUGAACAUGGCUUAAAAGUAUAAGCAGAACCCCCUCCCCAUUUUUACAUUUAGUCAGAAAAAAAGUUAUUAGACAGCAAGCAUCAAGUGAUCUAAUGUCUUUGUUCCCUCUCAUGUUUGUGCAUCAACCUUUUUUGGUUCCCCAUACUGAAGCCAGUUUUCCUUUCCUGAGGAAAACACGCCACUUCCCUAACAUUUCCUUUAGGUACUGCCUUCAACAAACUGUAAAAGAGUGAAUGCACACUCAGCAGUGACGCUCUGCUGCUCUUUCCUUUCCUUCCUCUAUAACCUCCAUAACAUGGAGAUCACAGUAACUGAGCCUGCUGUAUAUACCAGUUCGAGAGAGGGGAAGAGGAGACAUUACCUCUCAGUUUAAAGGUCUCAGGACCAAAAUCCAUAUGUGAACACCUGCACUGAAAGUUGUAAUUUUGUUGAUGUUUAAGGGAAUUUAGAUGUGCAUACAUGUGACGAUGUAUGUUAAGCUGGUAAACGCAAUGAUUUUGAAGUCAAAUGUUUUUCAUGUCUUUUUUUUAAAUCAAUAAAGUCAUGCACACUUUUUUUCUGAAGGACCAGCAGCCUGUUUACUUCCCUCUGGAAGCUUAGCUUUGAAUCAGUUUGUCAAAUCAGUGAACAGGCUAAGCAUGUGGGGCCUUUAUAAGUAUUUUUCAUAAUGUGAGCCUGGAUAUUUUUUUAUUCACAGCUGAAUAAAGUUAAUUUUAAGUUGUA